ACACAGUACGGAGGAAGAAGAAGAAGAAGAAGAAGCGAGAGAGAGAGAUGGCGGAAGAGCCAAUUGUUGCGUGCAGGCGAAGAAGCAAAGGUGCCGAUGCUACCGCCCGUGCCGAGGCGCUUGAGCGUCUUAAAGCUCUCCGCAGCGGCGGUCGGCGUUCCGAAGCUGGAUUCCAGAUCAAGAUGGAGGAUCCGAUCUACGACACAAUCGCCGAAGACGAUUACGCUGCCCUCGUCGCUAAACGCCGCGAAGAAGUUCGUGGAUUUAUUGUUGACGAUGAUGGUCUGGGAUACGGCGACGAUGGGCAGGAAGAAGAUUGGUCCCAAGCAGGUCUUCCUCCAUCCUCAGAUGAAUCUGAAGGCGAGAACGAAAGGCCUAAGAAGAAAAAGAUAGAGAGAAAGGACCCACCUCCUGCGAAGCCUUCUUCUUUGUCCGCUGCGGCUGCUCUCAUGGGGAAGCAGCGCAUCUCGUCGAUGUUUACCUCUUCGGUAUUCAAGAAGAGCAAGGAAGACAGACUCAAAGGGUUGUCCUCUGACAGCAUUGUCGAUAAUGUGAUUGCUGAAUUUGCUCCCGAUGAAGCUGACAGAGAGAGGCGGAGGAGGGGACACCAAAGCUCUCUGCUGAGCUCGAGGAGUUUUGUACCUGUGGUUCAGGUUAAGAGUGAGAAACAAUCCGUUGUUAGUGCUGAUUUGUUGGUUAAGCCUGAACCUGCCCAGGUUGCGGAUGUUAGCCCCCCUGCAGAUUUCCAAGAAAAUUGUGAUACGGAUAAUGGAAAAGACGAGUCCAAGGAAUCAAAAGAUAAAAGCGUUUGGAACCCUGAAGUGGGUUCGGAUCUAUUUCCUCAACGGCAGGAAUCUUCAGCCAGUGAACCGGAGGCUGCGGAGAUUGUGCCGGCCAUCCUAGAAGCAAAAGCAGAACCUGUAAAGAGAGAGGAGGCGUUUUCUCUCAAUGCUAAGAUCAAAGUGGACAACCCUGCAUUGAGUGCGACUGCUGGGUGGCGAGCAGUACGUAGUGGAGAAAACGAGAAUGCCAUUGGCAACGAAGGAGAAGCGAUAUCUUGCUCUAAUGGUGAAGAUAAGUCAGAAUUUUUGCUUGAUUCAGACGGAUCUCUGCCCUUCUACAUAAUUGAUGCGCACGAGGAGAUCUACAGUACCAAUAUGGGCACCCUAUAUCUCUUUGGGAAGGUUAAAGUUGGUAGCGCCUAUCACAGCUGUUGUGUAGUUGUAAAGAACAUGCAGAGGUGUGUCUAUGCAGUCCCAAAUGGUUCCGUUUUUCAAAAUGAUGUGAUCAUGGAGCUUGAGAAAGGCAUUGCAGACUCCAGAAUUUCACCGGCAAUUUUCCGGACAAAGCUGCAAGAGAUGGCAUCUGAAUUAAAGACUGAAAUAGCGCAGAAGUUGUUAGAUCUCAAUGUGUCUACUUUUAGCAUGGCUCCGGUUAAGAGGGGCUAUGCAUUUGAACGGUCUGAUAUACCUGUUGGUGAGCAUUAUGUUCUUAAGAUCAACUACUCAUUCAAGGAUCCACCACUUCCUUCUGAUCUCAAAGGAAAAAGUUUCUCUGCACUGCUUGGAACACAUAGCAGUGCUCUGGAGCUGUUUCUGAUCAAAAGGAAAAUAAAGGGGCCUUCCUGGUUAUCACUUUCAAAAUUUUCCAGCUGUCCAGCCUCUCAGCAGGUGAGCUGGUGCAAAUUUGAAGUUACUGUUGAUUGCCCCAAGGACAUUCGUACCUCAACUUCUUCAAAGUUGAUGCCGGAAAUUCCUCCAGUAAUUGUUUCAGCAAUAAAUCUAAAAACAAUCCUCAACAAAAACCAGACUGUAUACGAGAUUGUCUCUGCUUCUGUCAUUAGCUGUUGCAAGGUCAAGAUUGACACUCCCAUGGUGGCAUCAGAAUGGAAAAAAGCUGGGGUUCUUUGCCAUUUUACUUUUGUCCGCAAGCUUGAAGGAGGCAUAUUUCCAAUGGGAUUUACAAAAGAAGUUACUGAUAGAAAUGCAAAGGCUGGAUCUACUGUACUAACAUUUACAAGCAGUGAAAGAGAUUUAAUAAAUUGUCUGAUGACUGAACUAUACAAAUUAGAUAGUGAUGUUCUCGUUGGGCACAACAUUUCCGGGUUUGACUUAGAUGUUCUUCUCCACAGAGCCCAGGCUUGCACGGUGUCAAAUAAAGUAUGGUCCAAAAUUGGCCGCCUUAAGCGUUCUGGUAUGCCUAAACUAACAAAGGGAAGCACCAUUUUUGGGUCUGGAGCAAGUCCGGGGAUCAUGUCCUGUAUCGCAGGCCGCCUCUUAUGUGACACCUAUUUAUGCUCCCGUGACCUAUUAAAGGAGGUGAGCUAUUCUUUGACACAACUUGCGAGGACCCAGCUGAAUAAAGACAGGAAAGAGAUCACUCCACAUGAUAUUCCUGCAAUGUUUCAAACAUCAGAAUCUCUUGUGGAACUUGUUGAGUGUGGUGAGACUGAUGCAUGGUUAUCCUUGGAACUGAUGUUUCAUUUGAGUGUUCUCCCUCUUACACGUCAGCUGACCAAUAUUAGUGGUAAUCUCUGGAGCAAAACUCUCCAGGGUGCUAGGGCACAAAGAGUGGAAUACCUUUUGUUGCAUGCAUUCCACUCAAAGAAGUAUAUUGUCCCAGACAAGAUUUCUGCACGUGCGAAGGAGAUGAAACCAACAAAACGGAGAAUAAAUCAUGGUGCUGAGGAUGGAGAUGUUGAUGAUUUGGAUAACAAUGUUGCAUAUUUUGAGGAUUUGGGUCAACAAAUUGAUCAGGGAAAAGGAAAGAAAGGUCCUGCCUAUGCUGGCGGAUUGGUUUUAGAACCCAAAAGAGGUUUAUACGACAAGUACAUCUUACUUCUAGAUUUCAAUAGUCUCUACCCGUCAAUCAUUCAGGAAUACAAUAUCUGCUUCACAACAGUUGAAAGAUCCUCUGAUGGAGUAGUUCCACGUUUACCUUCUUGUCAAACUACUGGAGUUCUACCUGAGUUGCUGAAGAACUUGGUUCAAAGGAGGAAAAUGGUUAAGUCUUGGCUUAAGAAUGCAUCAGGUCUUAAGGUUCAGCAGCUUGACAUUCAGCAACAAGCUCUAAAGCUCACUGCAAACAGUAUGUACGGAUGCCUGGGGUUUUCCAACUCAAGAUUUUACGCAAAGCCACUCGCAGAGCUUAUAACAGCACAAGGAAGGGAGAUCCUACAAAGUACAGUUGAUCUUGUUCAGAACAAUUUGAGUUUAGAGGUCAUUUAUGGAGAUACAGAUUCAAUAAUGAUCUAUACUGGACUUGAUGAUGCUGCAAAGAUCAAAUCAAUUGCAGGAAAAGUUAUUCAAGAGGUCAACAAGAAGUAUCGGUGUUUAGAGAUUGAUCUUGAUGGUAUAUACAAGAGAAUGCUGCUUCUGAAGAAAAAGAAAUAUGCAGCUGUUAAAGUGCAGUUUAAGGAUGGGAUGCCAUAUGAGGUCAUUGAACGUAAAGGCCUUGACAUGGUUCGACGUGACUGGAGUUUACUAUCAAAGGAAGUAGGGGAUUUUUGCUUAGGCAAAAUAUUGUCUGGAGGCUCAUGCGAGGAUGUUGUUGAGUCGAUUCAUAACUCUCUCAUGAAGGUACAGGAGGAGAUGAGGAAUGGGGAAGUUGCACUUGAGAAAUAUGUCAUCACAAAGACAUUGACAAAACCACCAGAAGCCUACCCAGAUGCCAGAAACCAACCUCAUGUGCAAGUGGCACUUAGAUUGAAGCAAAGUGGCUACUCCACUGGGUGUUCUGCUGGGGAUACGGUCCCUUAUGUCAUUUGCUGUGAGCCGGGAGCUGGUUCCAGUUCUUCUGUCGGGAUAGCUCAGCGGGCUAGGCAUCCUGAUGAGUUGAAAAGGGACAAUGGAAACUGGAUAGUUGACAUUGACUAUUACUUGUCACAGCAGAUCCAUCCCGUAGUAUCGCGGUUAUGUGCUUCCAUUCAAGGGACAAGCCCAGCACGUUUGGCCGAUUGUCUUGGUCUCGAUUCAUCCAAGUUCCAAAGUAAAGUCAGUGAAGCCAUCAACAAGGAUCCAUCUGCCUCACUCUUGUAUGCUGUAGACGAUGGUGAAAGAUUUCGCGGCUGUGAGCCUUUGUGGUUGUCAUGUCCGUGCUGCACCAGUACCUUUGAGUGUCCUGCAGUGUCCAGUUUAUUAUCGAAUUCAAACAGUGAAAAGCCAGUAGGGUCACAAGCCGAAGAGUCCCGCUGUAGUUUCUGGAAACAAUUGCAAUGUCCAAAGUGCCCAGAUGGGGGUGAUGGAAGUAGAAUGUCUCCGGCAAUGAUAGCUAACCAAGUCAAAAGGCAAGCAGAAGGGUUUAUCUCAAUGUAUUACAAGGGCUUAAUGAUGUGUGAUGAUGAAACUUGCAAGUACACCACUCGUAGUCUUAACCUGCGAGUGAUUGGUGACUCAGAGAGAGGAACUGUUUGUCCAAACUACCCUCGGUGUAAUGGUCGCCUUAUAAGACAGUAUACAGAAGCGGAUCUGUAUAAGCAGCUUGCAUAUUUUUGUCACAUUUUGGAUGCUACACGGUGCAUCGAAAAGUUAGAAUCCAGUGUUAGAAUGUCAUUUGAGAAAGAACUGUCCAGAGUCCGACCAGCAGUUGAUUUGGCAUCAUCAGUGGCACAGAAUUUGCGGGACCGGUGUGCCUAUGGGUGGGUCCAGCUAAAGGACCUUACUGUCUCGCUCUAACCAACCAAA